CCAACUUCAACGGAUCCUGCUCCGUAUAAUCCCCUCAGACAGUAGGCGACUGCAGUUCAUUCCCCAGAUUGGACGUCUGAUCCGGCCCGAGGUCGCACAUCACGCUUGCUUCCAUCUGUGCAAGUAUUCUACUUAAUCACUAAGGCAUACGACCUACGGCACUUCCUCACUCUAACUCAUCUGCUGUGUCCUUUGACUCUCGCCGAACAUGGGUGAUCUCGUCGAUUCGAUGCUCGAUCUGAUGCGGCGUCUGCCACCGACGCACGUCGAGGAGAACGUCGCCUCGCUGGUGGCGAUGUGCCCGGACUAUGCAGAAGACCUCCUGGGCAGUGUCGACCAGCCACUGAAGGUGUUGACGGAUCGCGCAACAGGGAAGGAGUACCUCGCGUGUGACUACAACAGGGAUGGAGACAGCUACCGGUCGCCGUGGUCAAAUGAGUACGAUCCGCCCCUCGAAGACGGCACUGUCCCAACUCCGAAGCUGCGCAAGCUGGAGAUCACCGCGAAUGAGGCGUUCGACACCUAUCGCGAGAUGUACUAUGAAGGCGGCGUGUCCUCCGUCUUUCUUUGGGAUCUGGACGACGGCGGGUUCGCAGGCGUAGUCCUACUCAAGAAGACGUUGACCCCGCAAGCCCCCGGAGAGCCGUCUGGUUCAUGGGACUCUAUUCACGUCUUUGAAGCGGCGGAGCGUGGUCGGCAAGCACACUACAAGCUCACCUCCACCAUCAUGCUCCAGAUGAUCGACAGAUCAGCUUCGACGCGCACCAGCAAGGAAGAUUCGACGGUGACCAAGGGUGGCCGAAUUGCCUCCAGUGAGAAGCCCGAGCAGGACGGUGCGAAGCGAGACGGGGAGUUGACGCUGAGCGGGAGCAUGACGCGCCAGACCGAGCAAGACUUCCCUUUGCAGGACCAAUCAUCGCAUAUAACGAAUAUCGGUCGGAUGAUUGAGGAAAUGGAGAUCAAGAUGCGGAACUUGCUGCAGGAGGUCUAUUUCGGCAAGACUCGGGAUGUCGUUUUUGACCUGCGGUCUAUCGAUGACCUGGAGAAGGCAAGGAGACAGCGGGAGUUGCAGAAAGAGCUUGUUGGAUUCAUUAAGCGGUGAUAUACGGACGGACGCCUGGGGAAGUGGUCAUGAACAGACUUGUACAAACAACACAACGCAUCUUGCACCGAGAAUCUC